AUGAGGAGCCCCCGGUACUCACACCCCAGCACGGAGCUGCUUCUGCCCGGCCUUGUCCCAGGACAGCUGACCGGUCACGUGGAGCGGGCGGCUUUGGAUCCACUGGGCCGCCUCAAGUGGACCACUGUCCUGGCCAAGGACCCUCCCAAGAUGCUGCGUACCCUGUCCGUUCCUGGUGCGACGCCAUCAGAGAUUCACCUCCAUGGGCUUCUUGACAGUGGUGCUGGCAUCACGGUUCUCUCCCAUGCUGCCUGGCCCUGGGAGUGGCCCCUGGAUCCGGUGGAGACGUUUAUCGUGGGCGUGGGAGGGAGAAUGAAGUGCCACGUGAGCCAGUGGCCCGUGCUGAUCACGAACCCGGAUGGACAGACGGCUUGGGAACCUUUCAACUUGGUCAUGGAUUCCGCCUAUGUGGCUGACAUCACGCAGUGCGGCCUCAUCAUCAGCACUAUAGCCUGCAGUCACCACCUGCACACGCCCAUGUUCUUCUUCCUGCUCAACCUGGCCCUCAGCGACCUGGGCUCCAUCUGCACCACUGUCCCCAAAGCCAUGAACAAUUCCCUCUGGGACACCAGGAACAUCUCCUACAAAGGAUGUGCUGCUCAGGUGUUUUUCUUUCUUUUCUUUAUCACAACAGAGUUUUCCCUUCUCACAGUCAUGUGCUAUGACCGCUACGUGUCCAUCUGCAAACCCCUGCACUACGGGACCCUCCUGGGCAGCAGAGCUUGUGCCCACAUGGCAGCAGCUGCCUGGGCCAGUGGCUUUCUCAAUGCCCUGCUACUCACGGCAAAUACAUUUUCCCUGCCCCUGUGCCAUGGCAAUGCCCUGGGCCAGUUCUUCUGUGAAAUCCCACAGCUCCUCAAGCUCUCCUGCUCACACUCCAAACUCAGGGAACUUUGGCUCACUGUGCUAAGUGCUGUUCUAUUUUUUGCUUGCUUUGUGUUCAUUGUUUUCUCCUAUGUGCAGAUCUUCUGGGUUGUGCUGAGGAUCCCCUCUGAGCAGGGACGGCACAAAGCCUUUUCCACCUGCCUCCCUCACCUGGCUGUGGUCUCCCUGUUUAUCAGCACUGGCACAUUUUCCUACCUGAAGCCGCCCUCCAUCUCCUCCCCAUCCCUAGAUCUGGCCCUGUCAGUUCUGUACUCAGUGGUGCCUCCAGCUCUGAACCCCCUCAUCUACAGCCUGAGGAACCAGGAGCUCAAGGAUGCCUUGGGAAAACUGGUGACUGCAACUUCAGAAGCAAUAAAUUCUCUUCUCUGCUACACAGUCUUCAGAAUAUAA